AUGCCAGCGCUGAAUAUGACUACCAAACGAAGAGAAAACAUAACCGAACAGGACUACAGCGAUUACAACAACGAAUCACCUAGUCUGCUGUCCCAGUGGAUGAAGUCUCUUGAGACCAGGUCCUCGUUGUUCUGGCUACACUACGUUGAUCCUACGUUCGGGGAAAACCAUGAGCACGAGAAGCGUGCCAACUCGUUAGAGUCCACCGACGGCAGCUUCAGCGACACAGACACCGAAGCUGAAGAAAAGCUCCUUACUUCUGAAGGCCGGGAAUUACGACGAGCCCUCUUCUCUUUGAAGCAAAUCUUCCAAGAAGACAAAGACCUCGUCCACGAAUUCGUCCAGAACGACGGCCUAUCAUGUCUCAUCAAAGUCGGCUCGGAAGCCGAUCAAAACUACCAAAAUUACAUCCUGCGGGCGUUAGGCCAAGUGAUGCUCUACGUAGACGGAAUGAACGGAGUAAUGGACCACAACCAGACCAUCCAGUGGCUCUACACCCUGAUUUCCUCCAAGUUCAGACUGGUGGUCAAGACCGCCCUGAAGCUGCUGCUGGUAUUCGUCGAAUAUACGGACUCUAACUGCACCCUCCUGAUCAAAGCCAUACACUCUGUGGACUACUCGCAAAGGACCCUGCCUUAUCACAACAUCAUGAGGCUUCUGAAAGACUUCGACUCUGCCGAUACGGAGCUACUCAUAUACGCGAUGACGUUGAUAAACAAGAUCCUUAACGGUGUGCCUGACCAAGACACGUACUAUGACCAGGCGGACGCUUUGGAAGAGCAAGGCCUCGAAGCUGUGAUACAAAGGUACAUGUCUAAGCCUGGCACGGAUCUGGAUCUACUACAGCAGUUUCAAAUUUACGAAGCAGUAUUACAGUAUGAAGACGGCGAAGAAAUCUGUGGGACACCUAUAAGGCAUCUGGACGAGAGCGUCAGGAAGACCAUCAGGAAUAGGAAGUCUUUGGCGGUUUCUUCUGAGCGAAGAAAGAGUCGAAGACAUUCCACUGGCACUAGUCCGAUGUAUCCUGGAUCGACCAGGAAUACCAACAAUCUCAUUUUGCAGUCAAACAGGGAAAAUGAGGAUGAAGAGUCCUCUAGCUCGCAGUCUUCUGGCCUCAACAAUUCUCAGUUGAAUGGCAGCUACAAGGAUAGUAACAAAGCUGUUGACGCUGGCGUCACUCCUGCUUUGAAAAGAAGGCGAGAGAGGGCAGAAAGACAGAGAAGUUUCAUGAAGGAACAAGAGUCAGCUGCGUUCAUCAGGGACUGUCUGCUACACGAAGGGAAUAAUAAUGAAAAUGAGAAUGGAAACUAUACAAAUACCUAUCAACAGAGAAUUUCUAAUGGAAAUAGCCUCACAAAAAAUACAAGUAGAAAAGACCUGACGCCCCUAAUGAAUGCCGUGAAUAAAUUAGACUUGGAAGAAAAACAACCAUGGAUAUAUUCGAUGAUGAAAGACCAGGAGAUAGAGGGAGAAUCAGAAAAUACGAACGAGAACGAGAGAGAUGUAUUAUUACAAUUGAAAAGAGAAAAUACAGUCAAAGACCUCACACAAAAACUAGCCAACCAGAACAUUCUCCACAGCCCGUCUGAAGAAAACAAGAUCAACCGAAUAGGUGACAUGUCUGGACUCAUCUCCAAGGCAAAAGAGGGUCUAGCAAAGUCAAAAUCGAAGGCUGACAUGCUGAAGAGCCCAACGAACGAGAACAUGCCGAAAACUGAAACGAAAAAAUCUGAGAAUGAGUUGAGAUGGGAAGAGUUAGUCGCUAACAUCGACAGGACUCUGAAUUUGUGUGAUAUGGACUUCACCGAUUUGGGCAGUGAAGAUGAAGUAGAUGUCUUAGCACCCGCAACUGUUACAAACGGUAUACCUCCGCCACCUCCUCUCAUGAGGGAUAUGGGUAGUGCACCGCCUCCUCCACCGUUGACAAGCAGGAUUCCACCUCCAGUUGUGCCCAGUCCUCCCAUUUUCGGAGCUAGUCUAAACAGGUUGAAUAAACAGAUAGAAACAAAAAUUCCUAUAAAGAAGAAUAAGAAGACGGUGAAAUUGUUCUGGAAAGAAGUUAGGGAAGAUCCAAUAAGUCACGUGAAGCUAAAAACAGGUGUUAUAUGGGAUGAAUUGUCUCCUGUCACUGUGGAUACGCAGAAAUUGGAACAUUUGUUCGAAUCACGAGCUAAAGAUCUGAUAACGAAAAAACAACAAGAGAUGAAUAAAAACAAAGAGAUCAUUGUUUUGGACCCCAAGAGAUCAAAUGCCAUCAACAUAGGCAUGACCAAGUUACCCCCUCCAAGAUCCAUAAAAACGGCGAUUCUGAAAAUGGAUGCGACCAUUAUGAAUCGAGAAGGCAUCGAAAAGCUCCUCACCAUGUUACCAACCGAAGAAGAAAGGAGCAAAAUCCAGGAAGCCCAAGCAGCGAAUCCCGACCUACCGCUAGGCAGUGCCGAACAGUUUCUCCUCACCCUAGCAUCGAUUUCUGAACUACCAGCCAGGUUGAAGCUCUGGGCUUUCAAGCUGGAUUUCGAAAAUUCCGAGAGGGAAAUUGCGGAACCUUUGAUGGAUCUCAAACAGGGUAUCGAGCUGUUACGUGUAAACAAAACUUUCAGAGCGAUACUCAGCACCCUGUUGUCGAUCGGGAAUUUUUUGAACGGAAACGAAGUGAAGGGAUUCCAGAUCGAAUAUCUUGCCAAAGUACCUGAAGUGAAGGACACUGUCCACAAGCAUUCGCUGUUGCACCAUCUCUGCCAUAUCGUCAUGGAGAAAUUUCCUGAUGCAUCUGAUUUGUAUUCAGAGAUUGGUGCAAUAACCAGAGCAUCGAAAAUCGACUUUGAUGAACUAGCACUGAAUAUACAAAGACUGGAAGCAGAUUGCAAGGCAUCUUGGGAUCACUUGAAACUCAUAGCCAAACACGAUGGUUCCACAAUGAUGAAAGUGAAGAUGUCCGAUUUCCUUUCAGAAUGCGCUGAAAGGAUCAUUCUUCUAGGAAUAAUUCACAGAAGAAUAGUCAACAGAUUCCAUAAGUUCUUGCUCUGGUUGGGAAUUCCACUGCAUCAGAUUUCCGAAACCAAACCCAACGAAUUCUGUAGGGUAGUAUCAGAAUUCUCUUUAGAGUAUCGAACCACUAGGGAACGAGUAUUACAACAACUGGAGAAAAAAGCUAACCACAGAGAAAGGAAUAAAACCAGAGGGAAGAUGAUAACAGAUAUGGGUAAAUUCAAUAAGACGAAAGAAGACAAAGCUGACGCCGAGUUGCGACAACUCUUGGGCAGUGAUAUAUCCGAUGUGGAAAGCAUGCAAGGUACUUUGCCAUGGAGGAGAACUAGGAGAGAAAGCAACAGAUCCUUUAUGUGUCCUGGCAAUGGAAAUUUGACUGACGGUGAUGAUGAAAUUCUGGAAAGUCUCGUGAAAACUGCCACCAAAGGAUCUUCUAGAACUGCGCCUAGAGAAAGAAAGAGGACAAGACAUGCCGAUAGAAAAUCUCUGAAGCGUUCUCGAACAAGAGAAAAUAACCCAUUCGGAAGCAGAGAUUCUCCUUGAGAUCUGUUCAUCUGUUCGCAGAACACUGAAAAAUGGAUUAUCUGAAGAGGAGAAGAAGCAUCUAUCGGCUUACAUAAAGGGGUAUUAACUUUCAGACAAACAAAAAGUGCUGUGUCAUACCGAAGUUUUAUUUGUUAAUUUGUUAAAUACCUAUGUGACAUCUUCAGAAGAUGUUAAAAUUUUGUAUACUUACUUUAUCAUGUGAUAAUUUUAUGGCUGCUCACUCAUCUGUUGUUUUUUACUAUUUAUGCAUAUUAUCUUAAGUUCAUGAUAGUAUUUAAGAAUUAGUUUUUAUUUAUUAUUUUUUUAGUGGAUGAGGAUCAGCUGUUAUACGGUAUCUUGGAUGUGCCUUUUUGAAAAUGGCGACUAGUCCCAAUUUUAAUUUAAUUGAUUAUUGCGAUUUUUCAUCACAUCUCAUUUCCAUUACUGAAAGUUUAUAUGACUGUUCGAAACCUGCCUACAUUUUCUGAUUUUUCAUUUUAGUUAUUAUUAUUGCUGCUGUGUUUUAUGUUACUCAUUUGAUUUAAGUAGGAAUUUGUUCGAAUGAAUCGAAAAAUAUAAAAUCAGAUUUUGUUACAUUAACUC